AUGCCUUGCUGUUGCUACAUUCAUACCUACGGUUCCACCCUCCCCGAAAACGGCAUUCUUUGCCGUGGCUUCAGUCUCAUCACCGACAGCGGACGCGUCGAGUUCAGGGUCACCACCGACGGUAAUCUCGAGCUUCUUGGCGACGGCAAAAAGCUCUGGUCCGUCGAAGGACAAAACGCGUCUUAUGUGAAGAUGCAAACUGACGGAAACUGUGUCGGUUACAGACCAGAUGGAACCGUGAUGUGGCAAUCCAACACCGUUGGCAACGGGCACCUGUACAGUCUCGUUGUCCAGGAAGACGGAAACCUCGUCGUCUACGCCAAAGGUGGUACUGAAGCCGUCUGGGACUCCAACACUCAGGGUCGAGUCCAGGGAGCUGGAUUUACGUAUCCCUGGGGCGACACUCUCCCCGAAAACGGGCUACUAGGUCGUGGCUACGCACUUAUAUCCAAAAACGAACGCGUCGAGUUUAGGGUCUUGGAUAAUGGCAAUCUCGAGCUCAUCGGAGACGGCAAGACACUUUGGAGUAUCGAGGGGAAAAAAGCAGGUUUUGUGGUUGUGCAAUCCGAUGGGAACCUUUGUGGUUAUACAUGUGAAGGUGCCAAUGUUUGGGCCACUAUGACCAACGGCAAUGCACACCCAUACCAGCUCAUUUGCCAGGGCGAUGGGAACUUGGUGGUCUAUGCCGCGGGUGGUAGACCCGUCUGGAACUCCAACACUGCAGUGAUCCACUAA